AUCUCUCUGUUACAUACACAGAUUCCCACUUUGGCUUUGAUUGCAAGAACAUCAAUGGAUAGCACCUCUAGAGCAUCAUCUUCAACAAAAAUGGAUCAGAUGGAUCAGCUUGAAUCUGCUAGGGCUGAAAUGGGUAAAGUGAAAGAAGAAAAUGAAAUAUUGAAGAUGACUUUAUCAAAAAUUAUGAAGGAAUACAGAUCUCUCCAAAUGCAUCUCACCAACAUGGUUCAGCAAGAAACCAAGAGAUCUACAGAUACAACUCCUACCAAUCAAGAAAUUGAAGAACCAGAAAUUUCACUUAGCCUUGGAAGGAUUUCAAGUGAACCCAAAAAGGAGAAGAGUAGCAACUCCAGUAAUGAUAACAAGGAAGAUCAGCAAUUAAAAGAAGGGUUGGCCCUUAGGUUGGAUUGCAAGUUUGAAGAAUCCUCUAACCCUUUGAUGAUCUCAAGCCCUGAAACUAGCUUUGAAGAACCGAAAAAAGAGGAACCGGUCGGAGAAACAUGGCCACCCAGUAAAAUUCUCAAGACUAUGAGAAGUGCAGAAGAUGAUGAAGCUUCACAACAAACCCAAGUGAAGAAAGCUAGGGUUUCUGUGAGAGCAAGAUGUGAUACCCCCACGAUGAAUGAUGGCUGCCAAUGGAGGAAAUACGGGCAGAAAAUCGCGAAAGGCAACCCAUGUCCUAGGGCUUACUACCGAUGCACAGUUGCACCUGCAUGCCCAGUAAGAAAGCAGGUCCAAAGAUGUGCAGAGGACAUGUCUAUCUUGAUCACCACCUAUGAAGGAAACCACAAUCACCCCUUAUCAGUUUCAGCCACAGCCAUGGCUUCCACCACAACUGCAGCUGCUUCCAUGCUCAUGUCUGGCUCAUCUAACUCUGGAUCAACACUUGGGUUAUCAGCAACCAACACUACCUCUGCUAAUCUCCAUGGUUUAAACUUCAAUCUACCAGAUAACACAAGAUUAAGGCCACAAUUCUACCUACCCAACUCAUCAAUCUCAUCUUCACCCUCAUACCCAACCAUCACUCUUGACCUAACUGUACCACCACUACCAUCACUAACCUCUUCAUCUUCAUCAUCUUCUCAAUUCAAUAGAUUAAAUACAAGUUUCCAUUCUACUCCAAGAUAUUCAACAAGUUUCAAUUUUUCUUCUUCAGAAUCCAAUUCUUUGCCAACAUCUUGGGGCAGUGGUUACCUAAACUAUGGAACUCAAUCUUACAAUAGAAGCCAAGUUGGGUCAUUAAGUAGUCUUGGAAAGCAACCUCAGGAACAUUUCUACCAACCUUACAUGCAAAAGAACAAUCCAAUUCCUCCUCCACAACAACAACCCAUGUCUGAUACUAUUGCUGCUGCAACCAAAGCCAUUACAUCGGACCCUAGCUUCAGAUCAGUUCUAGAAGCUGCAAUUAAUUCAAUAGUAAACAAAGGUAGUAGUGGAGAGAAUUUUGGGCAGAAUUUGAAGUGGGGUGAGCACUUCACUUCCACUUCUCCCUACUCAUGAACACCAAAUGGGAAUGGUUGUGUGUUGAGCUACUUGAUG